CUCGCGCUCGAGCAGUUGUCUUGUUGCUGUGUCUCAUGCUGAACGUACACUAUCUUGCAACUGUUAAUUUAUUAAUUUGUUAAUCCACGCAAUUUCAGCGCGUUUUAUCACGCACCCACAUAAUUUAAACCGCCAGUGCAUAAAUAGGUCUUCGUUCCUUCAUCGGACAGUCAUAUGUUGAGCAAAAAUUGGUUCGUUCGCUGCUACUUUCACAGUUGUUCGUCAUGAUAGCGGGAGUGGAACCCGUUUUUGCUAUGUGACCAUUUGGAGUGUUUUAGUGUUUGUUUUGAGUUUUUUUGUUGUGAUCGAGUGCAGUGGGUUCGUCCAGUGGGCGUGAUUCCACCCCCCGAACUGCAGAACGCAUCGUAAUCGAUAAGUUUGUCAACGUUGCCACGUCUCGCAACCUGAGUGAAGAGGAGGGGCAACAGCGCACAGCUGACCGGGACAUCGUACCUUGCCAUUCUUACCAGAAUUCGUUGUCGAAGAAGUAACUCUUCAAGAGUGUGUUCGUACCAACAGGAAGGGGAUGGUGUACUUGUUGGAUGAUUGGGGUAUGGGAGAUACUGAAACCCGCAAUCGGAAAUAUGCGGAAUCUUCCCGUGACCUUCUUAGACGUGACCAACAUGUUGAUAGCUGUGAUGAAGUCGACUUGCACCCUCUCAGCAACCAGGUCGGAGGCCACACGCGUCUCAUGCUGCUUAACCCAAGCACAAUCUGCAAACCCCUAAACUAUAGAGAGCUCGACUUUUACCAGAACAUUCAGGACCAAGAUAUCAAAAUGUUUGUACCGAAAUAUAAAGGAGUAAUGCAAGCAACGCUUUGUAGUGGGGGAAAAAUCGAAAAACGCUACAGUCCCAGUUUCCGUGACGAAUCUUCCAGAACCAAGACUGACCGUAAAAGGAAACGAGAAGAUGUUCUGAAGAUGAGGGUGCAUCACACCGGGAAUCCAAAAGACGUCCUGAAAAGCAUUUCGCAAUCAGACAAUACAAACAAGCAAUAUUUCCUAAUGUUAGAAAACAUCACAUCUCAUUACACCCAUCCCUGCAUCUUGGACUUGAAGAUGGGUACUCGUCAGCACGGCGACGACGCUUCGGCAGAAAAACGUUCCAAACAGAUGGCGAAGUGCGCAGCCAGCACUUCGGCUACGUUAGGUGUGAGACUGUGUGGUAUGCAAGUGUACCAAGCAGAGUCGGAGAUUUAUUUUAAAAAGGACAAGUACUGGGGGCGCGAGUUAAACGAAGAAGGUUUUAAGAACGCUCUUUGUACGUUUUUCGAUAAUGGUUUUGGACUUAGAGUAUCGGUGAUACAGCAAGUGAUCUCAAAGUUGGAGCAGCUGAGGCGGGUGAUCGAGAAGCAGAGUUGUUAUAGAUUUUACUCGUGUUCGUUAUUAAUAGUAUACGAGGGCAACGGCGGCCUCCCGAUUCUGAAGCCCGAACCGUGCUUCGAGCCCGUGUUCAGUGACUGCACUAGGGAGUCGUCCGAGAGCAGCCGCGAAGUUCCCUGCUGCUACGACGCAGACACCAGUAACUCGUCAACUGACUUCAAUUUAAGUCAAGACGAAGUCUCGCAGGAUUCCCACCAUCGGGGUUUUGGCGAAGCCGCCGCGCGUGGUGCCAAAUACGGCAGCUUUUACCCAAUAUCCGAAGAAACGGUGUUCAUGGACUCCCCUCCUUCCAUUCCUACCAUUACCACAACCAGCCCUCUUCCCAUCGACAGCUGGAUGAUGUACUCGAACAGCAGCAGCGACGAAUACUCGCAUCUAAACGGAAUUAGCUCCAACGAAGACACUUCGGACUUUGAGUCGUGUCUUCCGCAUAAGAGUAGCUUACAGUUCGGGCAGCUGGAGUUAGAGGACGAAGAGGACGAGGAAUUGACGCCCACAGUUUCUCAUAAAAAUUUGACGAAGAGGUUGAGAGUGAAGGAACAAGGGUGCAGCAGAGGGAAGUCGAGGUCUGGGGCCCCAGCCAACGUUGACGUUCGUAUGAUAGAUUUCGCCCACACUUCUUUUAUUACGAGGAGCGAGGAAAGCUCCAGCGGGGUGAUCCAUCAGGGGCCCGAUGGCGGUUUUUUAACGGGAUUAGACAGUUUAAAGCGUUUAUUAUCGCAGAUUUUAGCUGAAGGUUGAAGCUGCCAUGUAUCGAAAUGCUCUAUUUAACAAUAAAAUUUCAAACGUCAGUUUUGAGAUUAAUUUAGAUUUCUGGAUGGUGUAAAUAGUGCGGUUAGUAUUUGUUAAUUUUUAAUUUAUAACAGUAUUCUUGUACAAAAUUGUAGGAUAAAAUUGGAUGAAUAUUUUCAUAUUCCUCAAGAGUUAUGAAAGUGUUUUCGUUUCAUUUUGUUUCGUUUUAUUCUGUGAUUAUCUUGUUUUUUUUUUAUUAUUGAGGUGGUUGUGCGAAUGAGUGAGUAAUUUCUAGACAUUCCAGAAUUUGUGUAGAGUAAACAUUUAUAUGCAAUAGCUUUCUUUAAUGAAUUUCAGAAAUUCAUUCAUGUUAAACAUGACGCUAUUGUAAAAAUAGAGUUGUUACUGUUGCUCUUUGUAAUUCCCAAAGCGGGACCAUUGGGUAUAUGAAUGUUUCUGAUGUUAUGAUUUUUACAAAUUAUGGGAUAUGUUUAGGAAUUUGAGCGAAAUGAUCGUGAUGUUUUGUGUUCAAACUUGUACUAUUGUUAAUUUAAAAUAAAACAAAUUUAAAUAAU